UAUCAGCUGUUUUUGACGACUCAUUCGAUAACAUUUAUAAACAUUAAAAAACUGCGAAAAUAUUUAUUUAGUGAGCUAUCACACUUAGCAAAUAUUUAUUUAUACUCAAAAUGCUGGAGACCUGCCAAAGACGCCAUAUGCUACUCGGACUCAGCCUGCUGGUGGCUGCAACCGUUGUAGUGCUCAUUAUUGAAUCUCGUUUUCCCGACAGUGAGAAUACUCGCCGUUCGCGUGCACAACAGUUCGUCAUUGAAAACAAUUCCACAUGCUGGCAGCGCGAGGAGUACACCGUUAUUUUGGAAUGCCAUCCAUGCACCGAAUUCGACAUAAUAAGCAAAAGUCUAGGUGUGUGCAUACACACCCACUACAAAGAGGUUCUCCGAUGCAAGAGUGGAGAAACUGUGAUGCGUAGUUGCGAUCGCGUAGCGCUCAUCGAUCAGCGCAAUUUCAUUAAAUUUGAGAUUACUUGCUUUGUAGUAGGCUUUUUUAGUUACUUGAUAUCAUAUGCACGAGAUCGAAUACUGACACGAAGGACACAUCUAAAAAUUGAACGCCAGUUGAACCGGAUGCAUUAAGAGAUUUCCAUUUUGUGGCUUCAUUUUAGAUGGUUGAAAAUAUUUCAAUAGCUAUGUAUUGUAUAAAAAUGUUUGAGACUUUUACACUAAGUUUUCUAAAUUAAGUAUUAGUUAUGUACUCUAAGAAUAAAAUGCGAGAUUGUGUAUGCAGACGAUAA